AUGAUGAGGAGCCAGACGUAUUUCGAUUUUACUGGUAUAUUUCCAUCAUGUGUUCAAGAGUAUAAUGCAGCUGAGAAAAAUAGCAAUACAAGUGUCAUAUUAAAUCCAUUUAAUAAUAUAUGCGUUGGAAUUAAGUCACAAUUAGGUAUUACUGGUGCUUACUUCGUAUGGACUUGUUCAGUUCUUAGUAACUAUUUAGAAACUAUUAAAGUUAAAUCAAAUGAAGAUGAUAUAAAACGAAGUUGCAAAUAUUUCAACUACAGAUUAAAAAAUGAACUUAAAAAAAUUAAUCAUUCUUGCAGUGGAGAAAGAGACUGCUACGAAAAUAUGAUAACCGUAUAUAAUAAAAAAAAUAAAAAGGGACUUGAUAAGUGUAGGAAUCAUGUUGAAAAUCUUGAUGAAGUUAUAUUUUCUAAACUUGGGAACUUAAAUUGGCUAUAUAAUAAUCUUGGAAAUUUUGAAACUGAUAGUCAUAAAUGUCCUUCCAGUAGAACAUACUUUAAUAAAUAUUUGGACAUUUAUAAAACAUGUCAUGCAAAUGAUAACACUAGUUUUUGCGAAGUACUGAAAAAAUUUAAAGAAGAACAUAUGAACAGUAAAAAAGAUGAAAAUACAUGUACUCUAGUUCCACGAAUAUUACAUCAAGCUAACAAAGGAGGUAUGCGUAAGGUUAUUUUAACUGUAACUCUUUUAACUUUCACAGUAUUAAUAAUUAUAUUCAUUUUAUAUAUGUAUACCCCUUAUGGAUCAUAUGUAAAACCGUGUAUAAUGAAAUUAAAAAAUAUGUGGAAUAUAAAAAAUAAAGAACAACCUUUUUUAGUAGACUCAGUUGAAGGAGCAUAUAAAAAUAUGAUUGGUAAAAAUUAUCUAAUAUCAUAUAAAUCUAGAGAAUACUAA